AUGGGAGCCCAAGGGGUGUUGAAAAUAGUGUUAACGGUGGAGUUCUAUUGCCUCAAAUGCAAGGUCCUCGUGAUGAAGACAAUAGCUACACUGACGGGGAUCGACAAGAUAGAGAUCGAUGCCGAGAAAAGCACGGUGACGGUGACCGGUGAGGUUGACCCAGUGGCCGUAGUCAAGCAAGUCAGGAAGGCCGGGAAGAUGGCGGACAUACUGACGAUCGGACCGCCGAAGGACGAGAAGGACGAGGAGAAAGAUAAGCCUUGCAAGCUCCCCGCCUGUUGCCCGAGGUGCGAGCACAUCUCCAUCACGGUUGAACAAUAUGGAGGAUGCGUCAUCAUGUGAUAUU